AUGGCCGGGGGCGUGUCCUCGGACUUGGCGGAGGGCGCAGCCCCGCCGCUGCUCCGCCUGCCGCUCAAGUUGGCUGCGCAGCACAUCGUCGCCGGGCGCCUCACGCCAUGGGAGCGCUCGCAAUUGUCGCUUGCAUGCAAGCACACACACGGAAUCGCAUGCGGCAGCGUCGAGUCCUUGGUGCUGCGCGACGCACGCUUUGCCGGCAGCGGCGCGCUCAGCGCAACCAGCAGCUCGAGCGGCGGCAUCGGCGCCGGCAGCGGCGCCGGCGCCAGCGCGCGCGGAUUGUCCGCCGGCGGCGCGCCGCCGUACGGCGGAGGAUCGUCCUGCAGCGGCGCCGCCGGCCUCGACGCGGCGCAGGCCAAGCCCGCGUUCUUUGGCUGCACCUCCCUGUCGCUGCGGCCCCGCACGAUGGCAAACCUCACCAAGAUGGUAUCCGGCCUGCUGCUGCCAGGGCAGCUGCGCGCGCGGCUGCCGGCCUUGGAAGCGAUCGCGAUCGAGAUCCACGAUGUGUUUGUGGCUCAAUGCGACCUGUCCCUACACAUCACAUCAAUUGCGCUGCACGCGCGCGGCGUGCGGCGGCUGCGCAUCGACCAGCCGGGGCUGUUCACGGUCCGCGAGGCGGCGGCGGUCGCGCGCAUGCCAGCGCUCGAGGCGCUGGCGAUCGUGUGCACCCAGGGCAUCGAGCCGGGGGCCCUGUCAGCGCUGGCGCGCGGCGCCACCUCUGACGGCGGCGCGCCGCCGCCCUCUGCGCCCUGCGGCGGCCUGAGGGGCCGCCUCAGGCACCUGCACAUUGAGCUGCUCUCGGACGACGCCCCCAUCGGCUGCGCCGCCGCCAACAGCGCCGCGCCGUCGCCGCUGCCCUGCGGCGGCGCCGGCGCGCUCGCGGCGGCGCAGUGGGUGGACCUGUCGGGGAGCCGCAUCGCAGCUGCCGAUGCGGAGCGGCUCGCGCGCGUCGGCGCCCUUGAGGGGCUGGGCAUCGCGCCGCUGCCAGCGCCGCCGGCGCUGCUGGCGGCGCUCACGGCGGGCUGCCCCUCGCUGCGCCGCGUCUCGGCCGGCGGGCUCCAGCUGCCGGCGGCGGCCCUGACGGACGGCGGCGGCGCCGCGGCGGCCGUCGGCGCGUCGCUGCCGUCGGUUGCGGAGCUGCAGCUUCUGGGCUGCUGCGCCGACGGCUUCCAGCUGCUCUCGCGCGCGGGGCUGCACCUGAUCCCUUCGGCCUUCCCGAGGUUGCGUUCCCUCGAGAUCACCGGCUGCUGGGAGGCCGACGCCGCGGCGAUCGCCGCCGUGUGCGACCUGCUGACGCGCUGCCGCCGCCUCGUCAGCGUGCGCCUCCAGGGCUGCCCAGACCGCCCGCUGCACGCGCCGCUGCUGCUGCCGUUGAUGGCGGCGGCGCCGGGCGUGCGCGGCCUUGAGCUGCUUUGCGGAGGUGGUUGA